AUGGACCCAUUACUUCCCACAGAGAUGGAGGGAGAGAUGAAGGAGAGGAGGAAGAUUCAGUUUUCUGUUCCUUCAACAAUAUCUACACAACUUGACCCACAGCAAGUAGAGAUGAUUCGGCGCCGGAGACCAACUCCUGCCACAUUAUUUAGAGUGACAGAUCACCCUUCACCAGAGGAAGAGAACCCUAGCUACCAGUUGGCUGUUAAUGAAAAUGGAGUGCACAGACCAAAAAAAGUCAACACAGCAGUCUAUCAGCCACCAUCGCUUAAAGCAGUACAAAAGAUGGCUGAAGCUCACAUCCAAGCUCUUGCUACAUAUGUCCCUCUGGAAGGUCCUGCAGAGGGACGAGAGAGACAAGGAGGCAGCAUCUCCUUUGGAUCAGAAAAUGUGUCCAUUAACUCUGUGAACUGCAUGGUAGUGCAGUGGGUAGCGUUGCUGCCUCACCGUGAGAAGCCCUGGGUUCAAUUCAUGGUCAGCUCCAGUACCCUCCACUAUCCUAACUAG